CUCACAGCCGGUUAGAAUUACGUCGAGUACAUAAACAUUGUUUACUAACACGAAUUUAAUAUAAAUUAAAAUAAAAUGCGAUUAUAUUGUCUAAGUAAUGAUUUGGCAAAACCUUGUUAUGUGCUUACUUUUAGAGGACUGCGUGUCAUGUUGGACUGCGGUCUCACCGAACAGACAGUGUUAAAUUUUUUACCUUUACCAUUUGUGCAAAGUAUGAAAUUAUCUAAUUUACCAAACUGGAUACCAAACCGUGAUCAUGAUCAACAAAUGGAUGGUGAACUAAAGGAAUGUUGCGGUCGCGUUUUCAUCGAUUCUGCACCAGAAUUCUCCUUACCUAUGGACAAAAUGAUAGAGUUCAGUGAAAUUGAUGUUAUAUUUAUAUCUAAUUAUCUAAAUAUGUUAGCAUUACCAUAUAUAACAGAAAAUACCGAUUUCCAAGGCAAAGUAUAUGCAACUGAACCUACUUUACAAAUUGGUACAUACUUUCUUAAGGAGUUAGUACAAAAUAUAGAAGUUGCUCCAAAAGCAAGUACAGCAAAUUUAUGGAAAGAUAUGCUUAGUAUAUUACCAACUCCAUUAACUGAAGCAUUUCGUCCAAAAAGAUGGAAAACCAUUUUUACACUUAAAGAUGUUGAAAAUAGUAUGUCUAAAGUUAUGUGUACAGGAUACGAUGAAAAAUUGGAUAUAUAUGGAGCAUUUAUUGCAACGCCGGUUAGUUCGGGCUAUUGUUUAGGAUCCAGUAAUUGGGUUUUAAACACAAUACAUGAAAAAAUUUGUUAUGUGAGCGGCUCUUCUACUUUGACAACACAUCCGCGACCGAUUAACCAAUCUGCACUGAAACAUGCUGAUGUGCUUAUAAUGACUGGAUUAACGCAGGCACCAACUGUAAAUCCUGAUACAAAAUUGGGUGAAUUAUGCAUGAAUGUUGCUUUGACAAUACGCAACAAUGGCUCCGCACUUAUUCCUUGCUAUCCUUCUGGGGUUGUUUACGAUCUCUUCGAAUGUUUGACCUCUAAUUUAGAAAACGCUGGACUCAACAAUGUGCCUAUGUUUUUCAUUUCACCAGUUGCAGAUUCUUCACUUGCUUACUCCAACAUCUUAUCAGAAUGGUUAAGCGCAACAAAACAGAACAAAUGUUACCUUCCUGAUGAUCCUUUUCCUCACGCUCACUAUUUACGUAACAACAAACUAAAAGCUUAUAAACAUGUCUUCUCCGAUGAUUUCAGCAAAGAUUUUCGACAACCCUGUGUCGUUUUUUGUGGGCAUCCUAGUUUACGUUUCGGUGAUGCGGUACAUUUUAUAGAGAUGUGGGGCAACAAUCCAAACAAUUCCAUUAUAUUUACAGAACCAGAUUUUCCGUACAUUCAAGCAUUAGCACCAUUCCAGCCUUUAGCAAUGAAAGCUUUUUAUUGUCCUAUCGAUACAUCACUCAAUUAUCAACAAGCGAAUAAAUUAAUAAAGGAACUUAAACCUAAUGUGCUUGUAAUACCUGAAGCCUACGUUAAACCAUUACCAAAUGCGCCAAAUGUAUUCAUAGAUCAACCAGAUAAAAAAGUAAUGACGUUUAAAUGCGGUGACAUUAUUCGACUUCCACUGAAGCGAAAAAUGGAAAGAAUUUAUUUAAAUCCAGAUGUUUCGCAAGCCAUAGCACCACUUGAUGUAGGAAAUGGUUACUCUAUAGCAAGUUUGACUGGGUUCAUAGAAAUCAAGGAUAAAGUACAUAAUGUUUAUGAUUGUACCAUUGAAUCGGAUCUCUCAAAUGGUGGGCCUUCAACAAGUAAAAUUGGGAAAAUGACUUCAGCACCAAUACCGGAAGAAACAUUAAAAAAGGAAAAGAUUUUAUAUGGCACACUUGAUUCUGAUACAAUAAUAAAAUGUCUUACAAAAGACGGAUUCAAAAAUAUUAAAAUGGAGCGAUUAUCUAAUACAGUAUCACUAAUACUAAACGACGAUAACGCCACUAUAAAAUUUGAAGAUAAUGAAUCAAAUAUAAUUUGUGACAAUAAUGCUACACGUAGAAAAAUAUCUGAAUCAAUGAAGAAAUGCUUUCAAUCGUUUUAAAUGAGAUUUAGCUUAUA